AUGGAAAUAAAAGACCUGGGGGGAAAAUAUGACAAGAAUAGGAGAACGAUAGGAAAUUUCGGAGCACAGACUCAGACGGUGAAUCAAAGAGACAAGGCCAAGUGCAAUAGAUGCAAAUACCCGCACUGGGGAAACUGCAUCACUUGUCAAAGGUGCCAUCUCGGGGGUCAUACAACAAAGGAUUGCCGGAAACAAUUGUGCUUCGAUUGUGGAAGUCCAGAUCACAUGAGGAACGUUUGCCCGAAAAGGAAACAAGGACCCAAUGCAGGCCAAGCCCGAACGAUCAGUCAAGGGAACCUAGAGAGUCAGACACGGGGCAGAGCGUUUGAAAUAGGGGCCAAAGAAGCUAGAGAUGAUCCCAAUGUGGUCUCAGGUACGUUCCUUUUGAAUAAUGAAUUUGCGUCAGUUCUAUUUGAUUCGGGAGCGGAUAGAAGUUUUGUAUCCCUGGAUUUUAAGCAGAAGAUUAACCUAAAAUCCCAGAGGCUGAAAGAAGCUUAUGUAGUUGAGUUUGCCAAUGGCCAAGAAUUUAGGGCUAGAAAUAUAAUCAAGGAUUGUACACUAAGUUUAGCCAAUAAGGAUUUUAGCAUAAACCUUAUUCCUAUCGGGUUAGGAAGCUUCGACAUAGUUGUAGGCAUGGAUUGCCUAUCCAAAAAUCGAGCUGAAAUUGUCUGUUCAGAAAAGGUUAUCUGGAUUCCUCAAGAGGGAAAUGAUCCAAUAGAGAUUCAAGGAGACACGUUGGAUUGA